ACAUAUUGGAAGUUCCUACUCCGACACGUCUGCGCAAGAAGUUUGUAUUGCAAUUUGCCAUUCCGGACUGUUUACGGGACUGCGAGGGGAAACAAUUUAUAAGAUAAGCGGUUACAAACAAUUCAAAUAAGUCUUACGAUUUGCAUUAUCGUUUAAAACGAUUUUAGCAGGAAAAAGUGGAAUUUUGUGGGUGGCUGGAAUAGCAUGCGAAGGUUGAGCAUGAAGAGUAAACGUAGGAAGUCCGAAACUACCAGCGAGGAAGGUUCGGUAGAAAAUGGCGUCAGUCGGUUAACGACAAACGAUAGUGUUGAGAUGAAGAAAGGCAAAGAUGAUGAAGAAACCGCGGACUCGCCGCGCAGAAGUUCAACCAAAAAGCGAAACUCUCGCAGCAGGCACAGUCUGAAAGGAAUCGACGAUAACGUCGCCAAAGCUGAUGAAGACGAUUCUCAAGGAAACGUCACCGAAGAAGAUGAAAACAAGAAUACCGGGAAGGGUGGAGCGAAUAAGCGUCUGAAAAAAGAGGAUUCUAGAGCGUCCUCCUCAAUAAAGCAGGAUGGAAAUGAUAAGAAAGAAUACGAGGUAGAAAAAAUUGUUGGACAACGUGUGGUUAAGAGCAGACGUCAAUUUUUGGUCAGGUGGAUGGGAUAUGAUGAAAAUUCAGACACUUGGGAACAAGAGAAGGAUUUGAAUUGUCCAGAGCUGAUCGAAGAGUUCUUGGCUGAGGAUUUAGAGAAUGUGGAAGACAAAUCCAAGAAGUCUGAAGAGUCGAAAAUAGGAAAAACUAAAUCUCCAAAAAUGGACAAAAAAUCUAAGAAACCUAAAGUUAAUGCAAAGCAGCAGGGAAUAAAAAAUGACAAAGAGAUUAUGUCAAACGAAGGAAAGAAUGAUAAAGACGACCAGAAAGAGUUUGAAGUUGAAAAAAUUAUAGAAGUGCAUUUUAAGAAAAACAAGACCAAAGAGUUUUUAAUUCGUUGGAAAGGUUUCUCACAAGCAGAUGAUACAUGGGAACCAGAAGAGAACUUGAAUUGUCCUGAACUCAUCGAUAAGUUUAUGCAAAAAGUAGAGAAGGCUAAAACUGCCGAUGUUCGCGAACUCAGGGCAAAUCGUCCUCAUACAAAACGAUACACAUUAACUACACAUGAACAUGGACGAAGAUUGUCACGUCGAAAUAUGGAUAAGCAAAGAGCUACGUAUCAUGAAUGUGAUGAAUAAAUAAUCUCAAACAUGUCAAGACACAGACAGAAUCUGUAGUGUUAUAAAAAAAAAAGUAAUACUUCUACAAAACAGUAAAUAUAAGUGACUUUCUACCUUGUACAAUUUUCAAGUAAGAUUAGUAUUUUAAAUGUAAUAGUUUGUGUGUGUCUUAAGUACAUAUUAUAUCGCUUUGUUGCAAUGUCAACUUUGAAACAAAUAUUAGAGAUUAGAAAAGUUUUAAAACUGAUACUUUAUUCUCAUGUAAAGUAUAUUACUUGAUUAAUUUGAAAAAGGAGUUCGUAUUUACUAGUUCUCUGUAACUAGAUUAAGGUGUGCAAUGUAUGACAUAAUUUGUAAUUUGUACCAAGUGGAAAUACAUUUACUGUUUUAUGAAUGCACAAUGAACAACAUAAUGGCUUGUUUCAAUAUGAAGCUACAAUAAAGAUUCAAACCUCGAAUAACGUUACUACUACAUUCAGAAACAUUUAUUCAUAUCAAUAUUGACGAUUUAUCGGGUAAAAAGGUACGCCUAUACCUACGUUUAGUUUUAAGUAAUGUUUGCUGAAGGAUAAGAUACAAAUUGUUUUUAUUAUCUAUAACUCUAAUCUCUAUUCAUGGACUUUUAGUAUGUAAUAAUAAAUGUACGUAGCUGCAUAAAUAAAUAUUGUGAAUAACUUAUGUUGAUAC